AUGGAAACGAAGCCAACCCCACCAAAGCAAAAUGUAGCCAUACAGAAGAAUAUCUUAGACGUAAAACUAUACAAGGAUAGCCAGAAUAAUGAGAGAAAAAUCAAGCACAACAAAAAUUCACUUAUUUUGAGUAAACAAUUUUAUGGAAUAAUUGGAGGAAUUACAGUUGGAAUUUUAGGAAUCCAAGGUACUUACGGUUUUUUAUUCUUUUCCUUAUUUACUGUAAUAGGAACAUUAAUGACUUUUUCUCAUAUCAGAAAUGACUUUAAAUCAUAUUUUAUGAAACCAUCUGACAUUUUCUGCCGAGACUUUUUUAGUGGAUUAAUAUCUUUUAUUUUAUUCUGGACCUUAUCCUACGAUCUAAUAUACAUUUUUUAA